AUGGUCAGUGAUUCUAUAGAAAUUUCCGAAACCUCUCCCUCCCAGGAAACUCCCUCUUCUAUGAUAGUCGAUCAAUCUGUAGAUCCUUCAGAGAUGUCUCCUUGCCAGGAGACUCUCUCUUCGGUUGCUGUUGAUCAGUCUGCAGAACCUUCAGAGACAAUUCCCUGCUUAGAGACUCCUGAUAUUAUGGAUGCUCAUUCUUCAGAGACUACUACAUGCAAGGAAACUCCAUCUUCUGUCAUGGGUGAUGAAUCUCUAGAACCUUCAGGAACCUCUCCCAACCAGGAGACUUCCUCUUAUAUUAUGGGUGAAGCAGAACCUUCAGAGAGCUCUCCAUACAAUGAAACUUCCUCUUCUGUCAUGGGUGAUGAAUCUGUAGAACCUUCAGGAACAUCUCUCUGCAAAGAAACUCCCUCUUCUAUCAUGGGCAAUGAACCUGUAGAGCAUUCAGAGACCUCUCCCUACCAGGAGAUUCCUCAUUCUAUUGUGGAGGAUCAUGCUGCAGAGCCUUCAGAGACCUCUCCCUAUGAGGAGACUCCCUCUUCUGUUGAUUAUUCUGCAGAGCCUUCAGAGACCUCUCCCUGCAAAGAGACUCUACCUUCUAUUGUGGACGAUCAUUCUGCAGAGCCUUCAGUAACCUCUCCCUACCAGGAGACUCCCUCUUCUGUUACAGUUGAUCAUUCUGCAGAGCCUUCAGAAACCUCUCAUUACCAGGAGAUGACUCCUACUAUGAUAGAACCUUCAGAGACCCCUGGAAGCACAGAGACUUCCUCUUCUGUUAUUCUCAAUAAUUAUGUAGAACCUCCAGAGGCUGCUCCUUAUCCGGAGACUCCCUCUUCUAAUGUGAUCGAUCAUUCUAUAAAACCUUUAGAGACUUCUCCCUACCAGGAGACUCCUGAUCAGGUCGAUCAUUCUAUAGAGCCUUCAGAGACCUCUCCCUACCAGGAGACUCCUGUACAGGUCGAUCAUUCUAUAGAGCCUUCAGAGACCUCUCCCUACCAGGAGACACCCACAUCUGAAAGUCUAAGUGAUGCUUUAACUGCUGGUGCCAAUGAAGAUAUGUCAGAAAUUCCCCAAAGAAUGUCUGUGAUUGAAUCAUCAAUUGGUCACGAGUUAAUACUUCCUUCAGGUAAAUUACAUCUGCCUUUCUCCCCCGGCAGGUGA